UGCAUGAUGGGAAGCGCAGUUCUACGGCCACACCAGGUGACUGAACUCACGCUGUAAGUUCGGGUCGGUUCCAGACCUCGCGCCAGCCUCCGCAUUCAACGAUGACAGGCUUGCCGCGCUGCAGUAGCGCUUAGGCGUGCGCGACAGGCAUUCGGAUCAACUAAGAACAGAAACGGAAGCCCUAAAAUUUCUCACCGGUUUACGCUCUUCCCAAGGCUCGGGCAGCUGGCGGAUGGGCCUCUUGCGUCCCUCUUCUCCCCACUCUGAAAACUAAGCUUACUGUUGGCAGGUCCCUGGGCAAACAGUGUGUGAGAUGGGACGGACGUCGAAGGACAAGCGGGACGUCUACUACCGCCUGGCCAAGGAGAAUGGCUGGCGUGCCCGCAGUGCCUUCAAGCUGCUACAACUCAAUGAGGAAUUCCAACUCUUCCAAGGCGUGACACGGGCAGUCGACCUGUGUGCAGCCCCGGGCAGUUGGAGCCAAGUGCUGAGCCAGAAGAUUGGGAGCCAGGGGUCUGGCCAUGUGGUGGCUGUGGACCUUCAGGCUAUGGCUCCACUACCAGGUGUGUUACAGAUCCAGGGGGACAUCACCCAGCUGUCCACUGCCAAGGAGAUCAUCCGGCACUUUGAGGGCUGCCCCGCGGAUCUAGUGGUGUGCGACGGGGCUCCCGAUGUAACUGGCCUCCAUGAUGUUGAUGAGUAUAUGCAGGCCCAGCUCCUUCUAGCCGCUUUGAACAUUGCUACACAUGUCUUGAAGCCAGGGGGCUGCUUUGUAGCCAAGAUCUUCCGAGGUCGGGAUGUGACGCUGAUCUACAGCCAGCUGCGUGUCUUCUUCUCCAGUGUGCUCUGUGCCAAGCCUAGGAGCAGCCGGAACUCCAGCAUCGAGGCCUUUGCUGUCUGUCAGGGUUAUGACCCCCCUGAGGGCUUCCUUCCGGACCUGACCAAACCCCUACUGGACCAUUCAUACGAUCCAGAUUUCAACCAAUUAGAUGGUCCAACCCGCAUCAUUGUGCCAUUUGUGACCUGUGGGGACCUGAGCUCCUAUGAUUCAGACCGCAGUUACCCACUGGACCUGGAGGACGGCUCAGAGUACAAAUACACCCCGCCCACGCAGCCCCCCAUCUCACCACCAUACCAGGAGGCCUGCACAUUGAAGAAGAAGGGGCGGCUGGCCAAGGAGAUCCGCCCCCAGGAGUGCCCCAUCAGCACAAUGGACACAUUGCCCCCGCCCCUGGCUGCUUCACAGUGCCACACGCUGCUGGCCUCUGAGGUAGAAGACAGUGAAAUGAAUUGUUCACCUUAACACAUUAAGGUGGCAGUUUAGGACAACUCGGAAGCUGUUUGCUGUCAGGAGAGCUGGAACUUGGAUUGAUGAACCUGUUUUUCAAAUGUGAUCUCAUUGAUGGGUCCUGCACACAAGCUCCAAGAAGGAACCUGCAACGAUCACCAUGAAUAAAACCACGAAAGAAACAUUGAAGAAUGUUCAUUUCCACUGAAGGAGGGGUUCUUGAGUGAGAUCUUGCCUCUUCUCUAAAUCUUUCAAGUGCUGUCCUAUGUGCAGAAUUGACCCCAAAAUCUGGGGUUCUUAACCUGGACAGAAGUCAGGGGUAUCCAUGAACUCAAUGGAAGAAAAGAUUAUAUCUUUAUUUUCACUAAUGUAACUGAAAUUUAGCUUUAUUCCCAAAUACAAAUUUUAGCAGUAAAUUGUGAUGGUAAAACCAGUGCCUGUGACUUUUCUGCCAGUACAAAUCCAUUCAUUUUUAUGGUAUGGUUGUUGCAGGCACCUUGAAAUAUUGUUCACAUUUGUCAAUACUUGAAAUCAUGGAAGAUCUUA